GGCCAGCUUCUCGUCCAACCAUGUUAUCAUACAAGGGGAAAUAUUAUGGGGUAGUAGCUAGUGCACUAAACAUGCCUCAAGAGAACAUAAUUGGUGAUUUACAGAUAUCACUUGACACUGCUCAGAGUAUUGUAUUUAGUGAAGUCCACCUCCCCUGUUCCACAGCAGGUUGCAUAGUGUCAUGCACAACUAAGGAGCCAGCAUUAAACAGGCUCACAUCCAACUCUCCAUAUUUACUGUCUAAGGAUGACUUCAGAACUGUGGUGUCUGAAAGUGAGAACUGGGUGAGUAGGAACGAAGAUGUCACAGGGACAGUAACAAUAUCGUUUGGAAGUGUGCAGCUUAAGGAACUAGUUGUUAUUGAUGCAAAAUGCAGAAUCAACAUCAUAAUGACAUCUGCCUGUGAUGGAUGUUUAGAUAAGCCUUUUGCCGUGAUGUCCUCAGAUAAGAUGACUACAGAUGGUGCAGUGGAGUACAUAUCAAACUGCACCUGGGAUGUGCCAUUCUUUCAAUGUUCCAAUGAACCUUACAUAGCCAAGCAACUUUCAUCAAACAAGAAUUGUAGAGUUGAAAUACCAAAGCUUAACCAAACCUUAGAUUUUGAUUUUGAAUACAUCUUCCGAGGAGAAAUUAGCAGCAUGAGGAGUAUACAAUCAGAAAGUUUCGCUGAUAUAGCAGCAAAUAUUGGAACUGACCCAAAUUUCUGGGGUUCACUGGUGAGUUCCUUAACUAUGAUGCUUAGUCUUACUACAAUAGGAACUAUGCUUAUUAAGUUAGGUAGGUUAGGUGUUUUAUCUAUUGCAAAAAGAGAGUCAGAAAAGGCCUGA